ACAACAACGGCGUUCUCCAGUAACACCACCAGGAAAGAUUAACGCUCCUUGUCCAGGUCGAGUGACAACGCCUACAUACAGUUUCACCAGACCUUCUUGGCAUAGAAGAUUACCUGCAGUGCGGUUAAUGAAGGAGGGACCCAGCUGGCACGCACUGAGUCGCCUGAAGGAUGGCAGUUUAUCAGCAAAGGAGCUUUGUGAGAAGUGUAUUGACAGAGCAGUAAAGACGAGGGAGCUGAAUGCCAUUGUCACGCCGACCUACAGCCAGGCCAGGAAACAGGCCGAGGUGGCGGCUCAGACAUGGUCCAGGACAGGAAAGUCUACUACAUCAGCUAGGAAGCUAGAGGGUCUUCCCAUUGUAGUCAAAGACAAUUUUUGUACGAAGGGUGUACAUACCACAUGUGCCUCCCGUAUGUUAGAGAACUACGUCCCGCCCUACAACGCUACGGUGGUUCAGCGGCUCUUUACCCAGGGGGCAGUACUCUUGGGAAAGAGCAAUAUGGAUGAGUACGGCAUGGGAUCUGGUAGUGUAGACAGCAUAUUUGGCCCAGUACGAAAUCCGUGGAAAUAUGAGUUUACAAAUACUCGGACGAUACCUGAGGGAACCUUAGACACCUCUUCUCUACUAGCAUCACCACAGUCCCCUGGGGAGGCUCUAGGCACCAGGGGACUCCACAGGUCUGUACACCCUGGGACAGGGGGCAGCAAUCCUGGGCUACAUGAGGAGGGAGCAUGGCGGGUUGCUGGAGGUAGCUCGGGGGGUAGUGCUGCAGCUGUAGCAGCAGGUAUAUGUUUUGGUGCCCUUGGGUCUGACACAGGUGGGUCUACUCGUAACCCUUCCUCUUACUGUGGAGUGGUGGGACUGAAGUCCUCCUAUGGGCUGCUAUCCAGACAUGGCCUAAUCCCUCUGGUCAACUCACUGGAAGUCCCCGGCAUCAUGGCCAGGUCGGUGGACGACGUCAACACACUGCAAAAUAUAAUGGCUGGUACAGAUGAGCAUGAUUCCACCACACUAACAGACGACCGCUUUGUAACCUCGGAUCUUCCAGAAGAUAUAGAUGUAAAACAUUUACACAUUGGCAUUCCAAAGGAAUACCAUGCACCUGGGCUCUCUCCGGACGUGUUGGAUGCAUGGAGGCGUGCAGCCGACAAGUUUGAGCAAGCUGGUGCUAAAGUGACAGAAGUAUCCCUUCCGCACACCCAGUACUCCAUUCUGUGUUACAUUGUGCUGUGCUGCUGUGAAGUAGCAUCCAACAUGGCUAGAUAUGAUGGCAUUGAAUAUGGUCACAGGGGGCAGCAAGAGCUAUCCACAGAACAAAUGUACGCCAUGUCUCGACAUGAGGGGUUCAAUGAAGUUGUCCGUGGCAGAAUAUUUGCUGGAAAUUUUUUCCUGUUAAGGAGGAACUAUGAGCAGUACUUCCUGAAAGCUCAGCGUGUUCGUCGUCUGAUCAAAGAUGACUUUACUCGUGUGUUUGAUGAAGGAGUUAAUGUUCUACUGACCCCCACCACACUUACAGAUGCACCUCGCUAUGACUGGUUCACUGCAGCCGAUAAUAGAACCCGGAACGAGGAGCAGGAUAUCUUCACACAACCCAUCAACAUGGCUGGAAUCCCUGCGGUCACCGUACCAGCGGGCCUGACAUCCAACGGACUGCCUAUAGGUCUCCAGUUCAUAGGCCAAAUGUUCAAGGACAAAGAAAUGUUGACUGUUGCUAAAUGGUUUGAACAACAAGUGCAAUUUGAAAAUUUAAAUCUGGAUCAUCUAGACAAUUGAAAUCACGAUAUUAUGACUUUAAAUAUGUGUUUAUUAGUCAGUUGAAUUGUACAAAUAAGGAAGGCGAAAUAAACAUGUGUUUUCU